GAGUGGAGACGAAUCGAGUCGGGUCGGCCGCGGCACCGACCGGCUAUAAAAGCCCUCUCGCACUGUGGCGUCGACGUCACACGUCGUUAGCACUCUGGACCGUGAGGAACUCUGUCGCGCGUGCCACCUGUUAAAGGCCCGUCCAGGUCACCAUCAUCCACGGCAUUGUCGCCGAUCACUACCUUGGACUUUUAACUUCUUCCCAGUCAGUUCGGUUCAAACGGUCCCCACGUCGACGUAAUCGUCGACGACUUUUUCCGGAAGUCGUCGGCGAGAUCACCUUUCGCGUCUCCACGUUUCUCCCACAAGAAGAGGAACUUAAAACUUCGCUCUUCGCGCAUCUUUUGUCUUCUUGGAGGAUAUUCGCGGAGAAAGAGACCUCCACUCGAGGGAUUUUACCGAUCUCUUACGAAAGCUCUGCGAAUUCAACAAAGAUGAACGUUAAUAAUUUACAUUCUUCCUGCACGAUGAUACUGCUUGGUAUCUUGGUAUCGAUGACGAUAAUCGGACUCACAAGUUCCGCUCCUCUAUCGUACGAAAGAAGGGACAUGUCAGACGAGCAUCCCAAAUUUUUCCUGUUGAUCGAUCAAAGAAUACCAGAAUUGGAGGACGAGAUGCUGAAUUCGGAGAACUAUUUUGGGUCAGACGUGAUGCGCACCAAGAGAAUCGGAUCUCUGUCAAUCGUGAAUAAUUUAGACGUGCUGAGGCAGAGAGUUCUGCUGGAGCUGGCUCGCAGAAAGGCAUUACAAGAUCAACGUCAGGUUGAAGAGAAUCGUCGUUUCCUCGAGAGUGUCGGCAAAAGAUCGGUAUCGAACGCCGAUAGAAUCGUGAGAUCCAGCAUGAAUAACGAGCGGUCCGCAACAUCCGACAGGAACGAAUGGACCGAAGAGAACAAUCCCUUGUUCCGCGAAUUGCAAGAUGAUCGAACGGUACAGGCUAAUGAGCUUCGCCAGCUGUAAUCGCGCCUUGGCAUGCGAAGAAGAACUUGAGAAGAACCGAUAUAUCUUAGCUUUACUAUAUGCGAUUUUUAAUCAAUCGUCAUCCAUUAAGUUAUUUUGUCGAUUGUCUUUCUUCCGCUUGCCUAUCCUCGUUUAGCAGAUAGUCCGAAUUUCACCAGCCGUGGCGGACAAUAUGAAUGAUAAAAAUUGCUGAAUUUUACAAUCGACAACAAAUGCGGACUUGCUGCUAUCUCUCUCUCUCUCUCUCUCUCUCUCUCUCUCUCUCCUGAAUCGAGAAAUAUUUCGCAACAGUAUUCACUUCCCUUUUCGAUUCUUCGUUAAUUUUAGUGUUUAUUUAUUUUAGUUAGGUAAUAAAUCAAUGUAACAACCCUGUGUCACGGAAGCUGGCAGAAAUGGGAAUCGAGAUUGUGCAUCGUUCGGAGAUGCGAUUGAUUCAAUGCAUGACAGAUUUGACUGGCGCGCAUAACGUUCCAAAGAAACGUACAAAGAUCUGAGCUUUACGUAAAGCUUUACUUCCGUCUUCUUCCGCAUUCAAUUCUCUUCAAAGACGAAGAAAGGCGUAACGAAGCAGUAUUAUAUAUUGUGAUCUCAUUUAAGAUAUAUCUUUUACUUUUCGCAGAGAAUACCCGACACCUGAUCCUGUAGAGCGUGUAUUUUAAUUCUCGCGUCUCCACUGCGCUUUUAUCGAUAUUCCUAGAAGAUGAUGUAACGAAUACGAGUCGAUUGCACUUACAAUUUCACUCUCGCCAACUAUAAAUGUACAAAUAUCUUGUUGUAUUGAUAGUUAUCGCUUCUCGCGUACACCGGCAUCGAUCGUCGGAUGAGAGACACUCAUAUGUGUGUACCUGCAGUCUACAAUUCUGAGGGAAAUCUAUUUUCUGUAUAGUAUGCACUAAAGAGACUAAUCCACAAAUAUAAGGAAAUCGAAAAAAACUUGUAAAAGGGUUCGGAGAUCAGAUAUACUGUUAAUAUUGUAUAAGAAAGACUAUUAUAAUACACGAUAAGAUUUUCAUUGAUAAAAGUACAAGAUUGUAUCCCAAAUAUUAUAAUUUAGGAAUAGUUUUACAUCACUUACACUUUGUUUUUAUUUUGUUCUUAAUAUUAAUGUUGAUUAUUAAGAUAAUUGUUUCGUAUCAACUCGGUUAUGUAUUUAUUCUUGUGCCAUUAUAGAAGUACAAAAACAGCGAUUAUCAAUUGUCUGAAAAUAAAAUGUCUAAUGGAACGCAUAAUAUUGAAAGUUUCGCAGAGCAUGCGAUAAAUAAAACGUGUAUGCAUUAUUAAAAUAA